AUGGCAGCUAAUAGCGAGUCAGUACGCGUUGUUGUUAGAUGUCGUCCGCUAAACGAACGAGAGAAGGACCUGAAAUGUCAGUCUAUCGUCAAUAUGACACCUGCCAUAUGUCAAGUUGAAUUGCAAAACAAAGAACAACAGCAGGAUCCACCAAAACAGUUCACAUUUGAUGCCGUUUAUGCCGAAGAUUCUAUAACAGAAAAUCUAUAUGCCGACGUCGUAUUUCCUCUAGUUGAAAGUCAUGUAUUUGAAGCAAUUACCCUUGCUAGUGGUACAAAAUAUUUAGUACGUGCAUCGUAUCUAGAAAUAUACAACGAAAGUAUUCGCGAUAUGUUAGGAUCAGAUAUUGCAAAAUCACUUGAAUUAAAAGAACAUCCGGACCGAAGUGUUCAGGUUCCCGGUUUAUCGUGGCAUGAAUGUAAAAGUAUAGCGGAUUGUGAAAAAUUGAUGAAUAAAGGAAAUAAAAAUCGAGCUACUGGUGCAACAUCAAUGAACGAACAUUCAUCUCGAUCACACUCAAUAUUUACCAUAAUGGUAGAAAAACGCACGAUAAGUGAACUUGACGGAAAAGAACAUAUCCGAGCUGGAAAAUUGAAUCUUGUUGAUCUGGCUGGCAGUGAACGACAAACAAAAACACAUGCUGAAGGAGCAAGAUUAAGAGAAGCGACACGAAUCAAUCUAUCAUUGAGUGCACUUGGAAAUGUUAUUUCGGCACUUGUUGACGGACGAUCGAAACAUAUCCCGUACAGAGAUUCCAAAUUAACAAGAUUAUUACAAGAUUCAUUAGGUGGCAAUACAAAAACACUUAUGAUUGCUGCUGUAUCACCUGCUGAUGAUAAUUAUGAAGAAACGUUAUCAACGUUACGUUACGCCAAUCGUGCGAAAAAUAUCAAAAAUAAGCCAAAAAUCAAUGAAGAUCCAAGAGAUGCUCAAAUGAAAUUAUUACAAGAUGAAAUUAAUCGUCUCAAAGCAGAAUUAGCUUCACAAGGUGGUGGCGCACAAGUGCUACCGUCGAUCAAUAACGGUGAAGUUAACUCGUCUACAAUAGUUGAUAAAGAAGAAAUUGAACGAGAAAAAGAACGAUUACGUCUUGAAUAUGAAAAUCAAGCAGACGAAUUACGUCGACAAUGUGAAGAGGAACGAACAAAUUAUCAAACUGAAGUGAAAAAAUUAAAGUCAGAAUAUGAUGAUAAAAUAAAUGCUUUGACAAAUGGGAGUGGACCUCUGCCAGAUGUACGUCGUGGUAAGAAAAAGGGUGGAAAACAACAACAACAACCACAACAAUCAACAAUCACAAAUGAUGAUGGCGAUCAUAAUGAAAAUGGUAUACCAAAAGAUCCACAAGAAGUCAAAAGACGUCUUCAAGAAUUGGAAGACAAGAUGGUCGGUGGAGAAGAAGAAAACAAUGAGGAAAGGAAAAAGAAGCGUAAAAAGAAAUUAAAAGAUAUGGAAGAGAAACAACGAAAAAAGUUUACGUCGGCAAUUAAUGCGGAUGAUGAUGAUGUAAUGAUGCGAGUUUUCGACAAUGUUCAAGAAGAGCUUUAUCAUAGAAAUAAACAAUUAGAACAAGAACGUUUGGCUAAAAAACGUUUAGAAGCUGACAACGGUGAUUUACAGCAUGAAUUUGAACGUGAACGUGAAAAUUAUUUAGAAACUAUACGUGACUUUGAACGGCAAGUAAAAUUACUUAAAGCAAUCAAUGAAAAAAUUGCUCGAUUUGUGCCAAGAAGUUGUAAUUAUUUUAAUUUGGACAAUAUUAAAAUGCAAGCAAAAUAUGAUGAUGAAAAAGGCGAUUAUAUUUUACCACCAGUAACUACCGAAGAUCUUCAGUUACCACAAAUGUCAGCAAAUAACCAAACGAAGAAUGAGUUAACUGUUAACCGAAAUCAACCUGGUUCAGCUGGUUACACGAAUGGUUAUACUACAACAAAUGGCCAUGGACGAAAUGGGUACGGAGCGCAUCGUCAGAAUGAUGUAAACUAUGAUCAGGAUUGGACUGAUGAAAAUGGUGAUUAUGAUUCAAGUAGCCAAAUGGAAUUAGAAAAACAAUACCUGACACAACAUGAACCAAUUCAACCUUCAGUUGAAACUAUAAGACUAAAAAGACAAGAGCAAUUGCUUAAUGAAGGGCAACGUUUACGGCGAAGUCAACCCAAAGCACCCAGUGAUGAUUAUAUGCAUCGACGAUUAAACCCGUUUGAUCCACCAGCACAUUUGAAAAAGAAAUGGCUAAGUGACAAGCAACAAUAA